AUGCCAGAAGGCGAGGAGCGUUCUGCAGCCUUGAUGGCUCGAGCCGCGGUCGCCAAGAGAAAGCAGCAAGAGAAGAACAGCAUGUCUAUGCCUCUACAAGAGCCAGCCAGGAUCUUCACACCCAUCGAACGUGGAAGCAAGUAUACUGAGGACAUAGCCGCAACAAGAACCAGCAAUGUGCCCUCCGCGAAGGCACCGACCAGCCAGGCCAGUAGCACGUGUCCUCCUUCCAACCGACAGUCUACGUUAGACCCUGCUCGAAGUACGUCCAGGAAGAGUGCGACUAGAAUAGUCGCUGUCGAAGCCCCGCACCGCCAUAUUCCAUCUAGCUUGCCAGACGAGGAGAACGGCAGUUUCGGACUACAAGCAGCCCAGACCAAAGCCGAAAGGAGAGCCGACCAGAAGUCAACGAACGAGUCCCAUUCCCCUUUUUAUAGACUGCUUCUAAACCCUCAGCCCACUGAUCCCUCCUCCGCGUAUUUACCACCAACAAUUGUAUCCCCCCAGCUUUCGAUAACCUCAUCUCAACAAACGCUACGACCGAAAAGAGAGCAGAAUGUGCAAGUUCGUCAUGAUGGCGGGGCGCUGCGCGAGGCGGAGCGGUGGUCAGGUUCAAGUGGGCAGCAAAACUCCACACCAUCAGUACAUACCAAAACGCAACCGCUGGUUGAGGACGCUGGUGAUGGCCGUCUACAAACAAUAAAAAGGGCUUGGCACUCAAGGUUCUAUUACCUUUACGGUAAAAUGACUGGGGUUGAACAGGCGAAUGCGCCUUCGGUCUCUGGCAUCCUCUGGAACCUCCAAAACCCUCUCUACCAAGUCCUUUCCAGUCUCUAUGGCAUCGCCGUCCGUGUCUACAGGUUCAUAAAGGUACUGAUAUCGUGGCAUAAGUUGCUGGGGCUAUUACUAUUCAUCUGGCUGUGCGGUUAUGUCAUGAAUACUAUUCUCAAUCUACCUGGGUUUCGUCAAAUCAGCACGGCACUGACUAUAUUGUAUCAAGUCUUUGGGCAGGCAUCAAGAUCUCAAGCUCAACAGCAACAUAUUAGUCAGGCCUCUAUGGAACUUCAGAAAUACAUGUAUCAGAUCGACCAGCUCUCGUUCAAAUCCGGAGUACUCGAUAGACCUCUACCCCCUCCUCAACAGGAAGAAGAGAGAGGCGAUGGAUUCCAAGUUGCUCCAUUUUUUAUACCGCUUUUUUCUCGCUCAGCAGCUGUCACGGGCAACACUAGAUUCCAGGAAAAUGAGACACCGUGCGACGGCAAUGGGGAUUCGGGAGACGACUGCUUUUUUCGCGUUCAAUUCUUCGUCCAACCAGGCCAGACCGAGACUACGAAGCCGUUAAUAACUCCCCAUUUCGAGACCGGUAGAAGGCUAGAGAUUCAGCUAGAAGACCAGUGGCGUCAUUCGUAUGGCUCCAUCUACAAUGCCUCGUCUAGAUAUACUAUCUUAUCGGGAUGCUUAAAAGCCGAGUCUCAGCAGCUGGCUGACCUUCUCGAGGCUAUAUACACGUGGCCUGCGGCAGACCGUGAGCCUACAAGUCUUGCUCGAUGGUUAUCAUAUUUAUCUCAGCGUUGCCAUCGAAAGACGCUUAUUGUGGAGCGUAUCAACAAGUUGCAGGCCAUUAUGAGCCGUCUUCAUGAGUGCCUUACACAGUUCCGCGGCCCCUUGAAACAUGAUGGGAGAUUUGAACAAGACCCUAUCAUAAUUCAACUCAGUUUGACCAACGAUGCAUCCUACAACUACCUCCAAUACUACUCUCCGAGGGCAAAACAAACCUACCCACUACCCGUACGACCAAGCCGGGCUGAAAUGAACGGUUGGUUGAGUUCCUACCUGGCAGACGAGGCAAUAAAGAGCCAUAAAGAUACUCUCCUCCUAACUAGCGACCUACUCCACACAGAUGACGGAGAAAUGAAUCUGGAGUCCUCAAGAAAGCUCGAAGAUAUUGAGAGAAGAGUGACAGGCGCUAGCGAAAGCAUCACAUCAGCCCAGGCGCUGGUCUUUGAGAAGGAACUAGCGGGUAUUAUUGUGGGAUUCUUGAAUUCCUCUCGCGAUUACUGGACUGAAAAGAGAUAG